CUCGCACACUACCGUGCCGCGCGCACUUCACUCACGCUGCCCGAAGCUGCGAACAUGCCGCGACAGACAGGGUUGGUUAUAAAACGACACAACAUACGAAUAUGGUGCCACGAAUGCGACAUGGGACGCUUACAACGCGUCGUGUGGGAGGGCCAAGGUGCAAGACUGCUUAGCGAGGUUUCUAGCCAGCCGAUUGUCAAGAAAUUUUUAGAAGCUGUACCUUAUAUAAUGAACACAAUCCGUGACAUCCACAGCUCUGUAAUUCAAAAUGACUUGGAAGGUUUAAUGAAACUCACAGCCGACCCAAUACCGCCUCAAGCUCUAUCUAGCAGAGAUGCGAAUAAUUUGACAGCUAUGCACAAAGCUGCUGGUCUGGGUCACGGUAGUAUACUGAAGUACAUUAUCGAAAGAUACCCUGAAGGCAUAAAUGAUACAGACAAUGAUGGUCGCACACCUUUGCAUUAUGCUGCUAUAGUAAAAGAUGAGCAACAUACGUAUAACACUCUUAUAAGCUUUGGAGCUGAUGAAGGUGCAGUCGAUAAUAAAAAUAAAACACCAGCGUAUUAUGUCAAUAGGGCUCACGAUAUUGAUAAGAAUAUUUUUAAAAUGUUGCCUGAAGCACCAAGAACACCAUCUAGUGCUUAUCCAGCUUCGUGGGAUUGGAAAAUAUUAGGCACCGACUACAUUGGUAAUUUAAAUAAAAAGUCCCGAAAGAAAAAUUUAAAGGCAUCCAGUGAAAAUAUUUCUUCAAAAAACAACACGAAUACUAUAUCGGAUAGUGUAGAAAUUAACAAUAGUUUGAUGAAAAAUAGCAGUACGCAUGAGCUAAUUAGUGGUUUACCAGAUUUAAAUGAUAGUGAGAAACUUCAUGCAAUUAGUAAUGAUUCUAACGAAGAAGAUGCACAUAAUGAGGAUACAACUGAAACUGAAAACGUAAAGGAAAACAGUGAAAAAGAUAUUUCUGAAAGCACUGAUAUGGCUGAUGAAAAAAUUGAUAUAACAUCAACUGAAAAUGCUCACCCUGACUUUAUUGACAAAAAUGAUAUUGAAGACAUAGAAAAAAGUGAUGAUAAAGAUGUAAACCACGAGAAUACAAAUAGGACGGUUGAAGAUACUGAUGAUAAGAAUAAUGAAACGGAAAAUGUUAAUCAAACUAAUGAAGACAUGAAAGCGGACGACAUCGAUACAACCGUAGGCAAUAAUAAAAUCUCAGGUGAAAAAGAUAUUGAACCAGAUAAAGAAGAGACCACUGAAAAUGUUGAUGAGAGCAACGAUACAGCAACUAACGAAGUGACAACACAACAAGAAGAUAUAAGUGAAAUCCCCGAGAUUGAAAGUAACGAAGUUAUAAAAAAGGAAAGUAACGAAAUAGAUAAUCCAUACGAUAACUCGGAAAGCACACCUCAAGAAAUAAACGAAAAUGAAAAUAGUAAUGGUCAUAGUACACAUGAAAAAGCUAAUGACUAUGAUCAUAACGACCAUCUUCAAUCCGAUUCAAUAAAUGAGGAGAAAGACCAUGAAGAGGAUGCCUCUAAAACUACACCGAAUGAAGGAAACCUCAUCAACGGCCGAAAUAUACAGGAAAGUCUUAUAGAAGGUAUAAUUAGCAGUGAAGCUGAACAAGAAACGCAAGACGCAAGUAUCACUCAAAGAGAUGGCCCAUAUCACGACGACAUUCUAAUUGUAGACAAUGAAAUAGAUCCGGAAGUAACUGAUUUAAUCAAUACAGCUAAUAUGGAAAUGUUAGCAACUUUGGUAUUAAACGGAGAGGGAUCUAGAUUAAUUGGACGACAGUCUAGAAAUACAGAAUUGCAAGCGUUUUUGAACAAUGUACCUACUUACAUGCAAAAAAUAAACAAAGUUCAUGUAGCUGCAAGAGAAGGUAAUUUAAAAGAUUUGCAAGCAGCUUUAGACCGACGAAAAUUUGCAAUCGCUCGAGAUCCAAUUUCACCAAAUGGAGCUACCCCUUUACACGUGGCUACAGUUUUUGGAAAAAGCAACAUUAUGAAAUAUUUAGGGGGAAGAUUUCCUGAGACACUAUCUGCAGUGGAUUUUGAAGGGAGAACUGCUUUACAUUACGCUGCAGUAUUGCCAGAUAACGGUCAUUAUUACAAUGUAUUGCAACAGUUAGGCGCUAAUUCAAAAGAUUUGGAUGAUAAUGGUCGUUCCGCUGAAGAUUACCUUAGAAAUCUAACUCUGUUUCCAUUUAGGCAAAUGUUAAGAGAUUUCAGUAUCAGCGACGAGACAGCCGAUGCAAUGUUUUCAGAUAAAGGUACAAGCCAUGCCGUUAACGGCCAUAUGGACAUUCCCAUCUUUCAUACUGAAGAAGGCAGAUACCUUGCAAAGUCACUUGGCGAUCCUUUAAUCAAAGGUCUAACCGAAGUGGCUAAUAUUAAACCGAAAGAUCCCGUAGCGUUUCUUGCAAGUUUUCUUCACAAUUUUCCCGAAAACGAGAAGCCUCGAUUAGGAACACAGGAAACAAAUGUGUUGGUAACAAAAGAAGCUCCUGAAGUUGACAAUGAGCAUCCGCCGUUUGAUUAUAAGGACGGGCCUAAAGAGAUUAUCGUUGAAGAAACAGAACAUGUAGCGAAUGAUCGCACACGUACUGCUACCCGACCACACAAGCCAAUAGACGUAAUCACAGUGGAUCCCCAACUAGAAACUAGUCCUGAUACUCCCGAAACAGCUCUCACAAGUGCUAAUAGAGACGAGCAUGGGCAAUCUAUGUUACACUUUGCAGCUGCGCGAGCUCAUACAAACAAUGCCUUAUUUCAACUACUACAGGAAUCAGACAUUAGCCUUGGAUACCGAGAUGAGUUGUAUCGCACUGCACGUGAUGUCUCUAUACAAGCUAAUGUAUUAGAGAAUACUGCUGAAAUCGACCGAUGGGUCCUGCAUUUAGCUGCUAGAGGAAAGUCAGACAAAAUAAUGGAAUUGUUGCUUCAAGGAUACGAUCAUAUAUUAGACGUAGUAGACGAUGAAGGAGUUCCAAUAUCCGACGUAGUUGUUCAACGGGGCGAUAAUGAAAUGAGCAAUCUUCUUGCAUCGAUUCCACCUUUCGAGGAAUCAAGGGAAGCACUCCAGGGCGCAAUACGUCACGGUGACCUCUCCAGUGUUCAAGAAUUGCUUUCAGUGGAAGGCGGCCGCACGCUCGCCCUCGCACAGAACGCACUCGGCCGCAACGCAUUACAUAUCGCCGUGUUAGCGCAACACGAGGACAUCGUGGAACAUUUGGUUAAUACUUACCCAGAAAUACUACGCCUCGGUGACAAUCUGGAGCGCACUGCAUUACAUUACGCGAUGGGCGUUGAAAAGAUGGAAUCCUUAAGCCACAUACUCAUACGAGCCGGUGCUAAACGGGUACUUAAAGAUCUUAAAGGUCGACAGCCGUCAUACUACUUCAUGAAUAAAUCCGAUAUUUUACGCCUUAAAGAGGAAGAAGAAGCGUAUUGACAUGGAAGUGUUAUGGGAAAAUUGACGAAUGGGCAAGACACGAGAGAACGAUGAUCCUUAGCAUGUUUUAUAAAUACUACAGUUUCUGUCAUAUAUAUAUAUACAUUUAUUUCAAAUUUAUGAUAGAAUUAAGUAAAAAUUGGAAUAUAAAGUUUAUCUACUGUUAC